CCUUAGUACACUCCGUGAAUUUUGUGAUUUCAGUGUCUGGAUAAGUGCGAAAGUCUUUAAAAGUGUUGUUUUGGAGCGGUUACAUCACAGCAAAUUCAGAAGACUUCAAUUUGGAUCUCAAAAUGUGUCUCAAAUCACGCAGAUUUUAACUUGUACCUGUUGAAAAAUAGUUGAAAAACCUCAGAAGUACUCCAAUGGUCCUAGAGACGCGAAGUCAGGACGAAGGUGACUCCGAUUUUGACAUCAUGAACUCAGCGGUCAGCACAGAAUCUAUGGAUAUGACUGAGGAGGUAAUUGUUCCCAGGACAUGUCCCAAGUGGACGGCUGCGGCCUGAGCGGCGGCUCCGACGACGACGACGACUGCGCCUCCUCGCCCGCCGGCUCCGCUUACGACGACGGCUCGGACAUCAUCAAGAGCGCCAUGAGCGACGAGGUCACCAAACAGCUGGCAGCUGCUGGUCCAGUAGGCAUGGCCGCCGCGGCCGCCAUAGCUUCCUCCAAGAAACGCAAGAGACCCCACUCCUUCGAAACCAACCCGUCAGUCAGGAAACGCCAUCAAAAUAGACUUCUCCGGAAACUGAGGCAAACCAUAGAAGAAUUCGCGACCCGCGUCGGCCAACAAGCCGUAGUGCUGGUGGCCACUCCGGGCAAACCCAACACUUCAUACAGGGUGUUCGGAGCCAAACCUUUGGAGGAUGUCGUUCGAAACCUCCGCUGCAUGAUCAUGGAGGAGCUGGAGAAUGCGCUGGCGCAACAGUUCGGGCUGGGCGGCGUGGCACAGGCGCCGCCGCCGCCGCAGGACGACCCGUCGCUGUUCGAGCUGCCGCCGCUCAUCAUCGACGGCAUCCCCACGCCCGUCGAGAAGAUGACGCAGGCGCAGCUCCGCGCCUUCAUACCGCUCAUGCUCAAGUAUUCCAUGGUGCGCGGCAAGCCGGGCUGGGGCCGCGAGUCCACGCGGCCGCCGUGGUGGCCCAAGGACCUGCCCUGGGCCAACGUGCGCAUGGACGCCCGAUCCGAGGACGAGAAACAGAAGAUGUCUUGGACGCACGCGCUGAGGCAGAUCGUGAUCAACUGCUACAAGUACCACGGGCGGGAGGACCUGCUGCCCGCCUUCACUGAGGACGAUGACAAACCGCCGCAGACCGUCAGUUUAGCGGCGUGCAUGCCGACGGUGAGCGGCACCAGCUCCAACUCGUCCUCGAGCUCCGGCCGCGGACAGCAAGCGGUGCUCACCUCACAGCAAGUGUGCAUCGACCAGAUGACGCUGCAGGACGUCGAUAUGUCGCAAUACGCGCCAGCAGUACUCCAGACCAUCACGAACCCAGACGGAACAGUGUCCCUCAUACAAGUGGACCCCAACAACCCGAUCAUCACUCUCCCAGACGGCACUACAGCUCAAGUGAUUCACAGCGGCGAAGGUGGCACAAGCGUCGUGUCCGGCUUGGACGGCGAGGGCGCGGUGGCAGUCGACCUCAACGCCGUGGCAGAGGCCACGCUCAAUCACGACGGACAGAUCAUACUCACUGGCGAAGACGGACACGGUUACCCGGUGUCGGUGUCGGGGGUGAUCACGGUGCCGGUGUCGGCGUCGGUGUACCAGUCCAUGGUGGCCAGCAUGCAGCAGCAGGACGGCGUCUGCGUGGCGCCGCUGGUGCAGGUUGAACAAAACGGUGAGACGUUGGAGGCGAUUUCGAUGGGCGGGGGGGUGGCGCAGGUGAUGCUGCAGGGAGGGGGGGAGGCGCAGGUGCUGCAAGUGCUCAGCUUGAAGGACGCCAAUGCGCUUACCAAGGCUAUGCAACAAGUAAAGGCGGAGCGAGACGCAGUUGUAGCGGACUCCUAGCUGCUAACCCUCGUGGCGGGCGCGGAGCCCGACUGCGGAGAGCUGCUGGUCGAACGAGCAUAGACAAUGCGGACCGCAGACCAUAUACAAAACAUAGAAUAGGGAAAAUGUCCACUGAAGCUAGACUGUUUGGUUCGAGUCAGUAAUCUGUAAUCAGUUAUUGUUUAUGCUAUGUCUGCACCGAACCAACGAAGGCCUACAAAUAAAAAAAUAGUAUUUUUUAUAGAAUUCUGUGAAAUCAUAGUGGGAAGUGUAAACGUUAAAUGUCUUGGUGUAGACUUAGCAUUAUAAUAGUUAAGGGUUUAUUAACACUUUCGCGGUCGUUCGAAGAGACACAAAAGAAGUUUAAUUGUUAAACUGCUAUAGCAGUUGUGCGUCCGUGGAAAUGUUAAAAAAAUAGCAUGUUGUCAAAUAUUCCACCAUAUUUUAGCUUUUUGGUCAGAUAAUGCCUUGCGGGGUCACAAAUUUCUCGUAGAUGUAAGUUGUUUGGUUGAAUGAACGCGUGAAUACUAGGUCAAUUUAGAUUUUGUAUGUAUGAUACAAAAAUGGCUCUACAGACUUUUUCAUAAAAAUAUACGAUAUGUACAUAUGUAGAAGCGGGUACUUUAAGUUUUGUAUUCAUAACUGAUGAAGUUACUGACUCGAAUAAAAAAAUAAUUAGCAUAAUUUAUUUAUUUGACAAAGAUUUGGUUUGCAAAUUUAUUUAUGAAAUUUAAUUUAUUUAUUUACAAAUCUAUAAGGGAACAGAUUUGUGCAAUAUUUUUACAAUGACCAUAAUUUAUUUUACGUUGUUCUAGUCUUGUACAUAUUAUAACUUCACGAUUGGACACGGCACUAAUGAAGUAUUUAUUACGAUUAUAAAUUAUACAUUCCUUAAUUUUAUUUAUUUUUAGUUGUUGAGAUUGUUGUGUUUGUUUACUUAAUUUAUUUCAAGCAUUGUUGUUUUCGUUUGCGUCCACUCUAGUCAGAUCCGCAAACUAUUCUAGUCGUACACAUAGAAAAGAUUUGUCAAAUCAUAUUAACGCAUACUUAAGACUGGUCUAGAGCCACUAUAUAAUGUGUAUGCUUUUAUUGUAUUAAGUGUAUGGAAUUGUAAUGCCGGCUAUAGAUUAUCAUGAAACAGUUCGCCAGAAAUUUUGUAGAAAUAAACGCAAACGCAUUAUGCAGUAGGUCUGCACCGGCCUUUAAUAUAAAACUUUUGUAAUAUAUUUAGAUGAAUUAUUAAAUGUAAUUAAUAGUCCAUUGUAUUUGUACAUUCUAAUGAGAUGAGAAUAUAAUUACGUCGAGCGCAGGGUUAUACAGUGUGAACUAUGAAAUUGUAUCAAUGUCUAAAAAUAUGCGUACUUACCUAGAUGUAACUUCAAAUAGUUGUGUAAUUGUUUAAUUGAAAUCUACGAUGUGUGCACGAUAUGGGAUGACACCUUAGCCAUAGACUAAAUUUAUAGUCUGUUACUGGAAGGCUCUAAAAGAUAAUUUUAUCCAGUCAACAAGCGACCCUGCAUGGAUCUCUACGGCGCGGUUAUAGAGGCGAGUUUGCAAUGAUUUUGGGUAGCUUGAUGUGCUUUCAUCAUAAAUGAAUAGCAAAAACUAACGCUGAAGUCAUUUAUUCGAGUCGCCUAAAGGCAUCAGACAUGACUUACGACUCUGCCGCGCCAUCUAGUGACAAUUCGAAAUCGCAUACACACUCAACGUCAACUCAGAGUAGGUUUAUUACAUUUUAACUCCAAAUCUGUCAUUUAUCGCAUUUGCCGCUUUUUCGCGGGCCCCAGAAUUGACUACAAAUUUUUUCAUGUCUGCGUGCAAUGAUCUCACGUUAUCGUGUGCAAAUAAUACGUCUAGCUCGAUUAAUAUCUGUCCCAUUGGCAUUUUUAAAUUAAACAUUCGCGUUAAACGUUAGGAUUAAAUUAAUUCGUUAACUUAGUCGGGACUAGUCAAUAAGGUAGAGGUCAUAGAAGAGUACAAAGUGCGAAGAGAGGCAGUUUAAAAAAAUAACUAUUUCAGAAAAAGACAAAAGGUAUUUAUUUGAUUGUUUAAAUAUUUGUUUUCCUAUUUAUUUUUUUCCUUUUAUUACCAAAGAUUUAUUGUGUUUUUGUCAUUUUCUAAGUAUAAAAAGGUGUAAGCACAAUUUUGUUGUAAGUACAAUGAUUUGUAAUUGUAAAUAAUGUAUGACUGUGUGAAUAUUGCAAUCAUUAAAGUAUUUACGUAAA